CGCCUUAAGAUUUUUACGUGGAUUGAAAGUUAAUGGAAACAUAAAGUGCAUCGAAAUAGAAUAUCUUAAAGUCUAUAGCACACAUAUCCACCUAUGUGUAUGGUCUGUCGAAUUUGAUAUCAAGUAAAACAUCGAAUUUGUAAAAAAUAUGAUUAAGCGUAACAAUUUAAGAUAUGGCAUACCGUUUAUGAUUUUUAUCUUUGGUGGAUUACUCGGCCUUCGAGAAUUUGCAGAAAUACGUUACAAAUACAGAAACACUCGAUACGUAAAAGAUGAAGUAAAAGACGUGGGAAUUUUGACAAAACCAGUGGAAGAGAUUACGUUAGAAAAAGAAUAUGAGAAGUUACAAAAGGUAGACAUCGACAAUUGGGAAAAUACACGAAUACAGAGACCAUGGGAAGAAACGAAUACAAAAUAGUUUGGUUAAAACAAAACUCUACUGUUACUUUAUCAGUAUAAUAACCAGAUCAAUUCGUUAGUCUUCGAAACAAGUAUUUAUUGCGAGUAUUUUUACCAAUU